AUGGUUGCCAGAGCAUACCUUGCGAAGUAUCCACACAGAAAAUUGUCACAUAUAGAGUAUAUUGAUACUUUGGAAAGGUAUGUAGAUGAGGAAGGGAGGUUAAUAACUACGAGAGUCCUGGUGAGUUCUUUCAUGAAGUUUUCAUCAAUUAUUGGGCUUGAAAGAUCAGCAGUAGAUUUGGAAAGGCAGGAAUUGAAUUUAGCCACAGAUAAUAUCACACAUAGGCAGCUUUCAAAGGUAAAUGAGGUCUGCAAAUAUACAGUGGGAGAAGAUAAUACUACUCAUUAUGCCGUACAGUGGACACUCGUGCCGGACUGACGAGUCGAGUUUCUAGCUAAAAAGGUAAUAAGAGAAGCAAAGUACAAUUUUAAUAAGGGAGUAAGGAUCUUAGAAGACAUCAUGCGCACGAAAUUUAAUAUUCCAUUAUUUGAUUCGCCACAGAGUUUUGUUGAAAUAUGGAACGAAGUGAACAUGAGGAAAAAAUUCAAACUUCUUAAAAAAUCAGUAUCUGAAGUAGAUUAUUUUAAAAAUAUUGAUGGUAAGACUUUUGCUGAAGUUAUCAAAGUGCUAGCGCAUCAUAAGGAAGAGGUGGAUACGGCUUUUAAAUACAUGAAGGCAUUUUCAGAAAGCCAGGAGGUGGAUAAAAUCAUUGAUUUCAUGAGUUUAAAAGAGAAAAAAGAUCUUGAAGAGCUCUUAAAUGUGAUAAAGGAAAGACAUGAAAAAGCCAUAGGGCCAGAGCCUUUUGAAGAGCUCUAUAUUAAGUUUGGCUUAUUAGAACUUAAUAAGAUCUAA